AUGAUGGAGAGUCAGACCAGGAUUGUUGUAAUGGAGUUCAUGCAUAAUGUGGUGUUAGAGGAGCUGUGUCCAGUCUGUGGUGAUAAAGUCUCUGGUUAUCACUACGGGCUCCUCACCUGUGAAAGCUGCAAGGGGUUUUUCAAAAGAACUGUUCAAAAUAACAAGAAAUACGUCUGCAUUGAAAACCAGGAGUGCAGGAUUGAUAAAACCUACAGGAAACGGUGUCCAUUCUGCAGGUUUCAGAAGUGUCUUCAUGUUGGAAUGAGACUGGAAGCUGUUCGGGCAGAUCGGAUGCGAGGCGGCCGGAACAAGUUUGGACCCAUGUACAAACGUGACCGUGCCCUCAAACAGCAGAGGAAAGCUCUGACACAAGCAUCUGUGGUCUCCUCAAACCUCCAGAGAGGCUUCAAUGAGCACUCGCAACCUGUUCCCAUAAUUCCCUGUGUAACCGCACGAGAGGACCUCAUCAGCCUCCAGCCUCCGUUACCUUCCAGUUCACCUGGGUCUUAUCCCUGCACCCUCUCAAACUGGACCAUCAAAUCAGACCACACCAACAGCAGUGUACAUUCACCAGGACCUCCUGUAGAAAACAACAUUCAUUCAGAGGAGAUCUUCUCCACACAGCUUUCCAGAAUGCCCCGACUGGUGAUUGAGUUACUGCGCUGUGAUGUAGAUGAGCUGCAGCUGCAACAGAAGAUCAAUGUUUAUCUCCAGCAGCAGCAGAACAUCUGGAAGAAGCAUGGAGCACCCAGUACCUUCAGCCUGAUGUGUCACAUGGCCGAGCAGACUCUGUUCUCCAUAGUGGAGUGGGCUCGGAGAUCCAUCUUCUUCAAACAGCUUAAGGUGAGUGACCAGAUGAUGCUUCUGCACAGCUGCUGGAGUGAACUGCUGCUCCUGGACGUCAUCUCCAGGCAGGUUCUUCAUGGUAAAGACGGUCACCUUCUCCUGGUCUCUGGGCAUGAGGUGGAGCUGUCGGCCAUAGCCUAUCAUGCUGGUCCAACCUUGGCCAACCUGGUACAGAGGGGACAGGAGCUGGCCCAGAAGUUCCACAUCCUCCAAGUGGACCGUCAAGAGUUUUCCUGUAUUAAGUUUCUGACCGUCUUUAACCCAGAUGAGAAACAGCUGGAAGACUCUCCGUUCAUAGAGAGCGUCCAGGAGCAGGUUCAAGGAGCCCUGCUGGAGUACACCCUGUGCACUACCUCUCAGUGUCUGGGGAGGUUCACCCACCUGCUGCAGUGUUUAUCUGACAUUCGCUCCCUCAGCACCCUGGCUGAAGACUACCUGUGGUACAAACACCUGAGCGGUGAGGUGCCCUGCAACAGCCUGCUCAUUGAGAUGCUCCACGCCAAACGCAGCUGCUCAUGA